CAGUUGCGCCUCCCAUUCACCACCGCUCUUCCGCUCCGUCGUGCGCUCUCCUCUCUGGAUGCCGUCCAUCCUCACCUCUAUCUGCUGAACCAAAUUCAAACCAACUUUUUGAAAAAGUGCUCCAAACAUGGCUUACACGACUGCGGGUGGCACUAAGAAGAAGGUCUGCUACUACUAUGACGGAGACAUCGGAAAUUAUUACUAUGGACAAGGGCAUCCCAUGAAACCACAUCGUAUCCGGAUGACUCAUAACCUGCUUCUGAACUACGGACUGUACAGGAAAAUGGAGAUCUAUAGACCACACAAAGCUACGGCAGAGGAGAUGACAAAAUAUCACAGCGAUGACUACAUCAAGUUCCUCCGAACCAUACGGCCGGACAACAUGUCCGAGUUCAGCAAGCAGAUGCAGCGGUUCAACGUCGGAGAGGACUGUCCCGUGUUCGAUGGCCUGUUCGAGUUCUGCCAACUGUCCGCUGGUGGCUCUGCUGCUGGAUCAGUGAAGUUAAACCGACAGCAGACUGACAUCGCAGUGAACUGGGCCGGAGGACUUCACCACGCAAAGAAGUCUGAAGCCUCUGGAUUCUGCUACGUUAAUGACAUUGUGCUGGCCAUCUUGGAGCUGCUCAAGUACCACCAGAGGGUGCUGUACAUUGAUAUAGACAUCCACCAUGGGGACGGAGUAGAGGAGGCCUUCUACACCACAGACAGGGUCAUGACCGUGUCUUUCCAUAAAUACGGGGAGUACUUCCCUGGAACCGGAGACCUCAGGGAUAUCGGAGCUGGAAAAGGCAAAUAUUACGCUGUCAACUUCCCCCUGCGUGACGGCAUUGAUGAUGAGUCAUACGAGCAAAUCUUCAAGCCGGUGAUGGCCAAGGUGAUGGAGAUGUACCAGCCCAGCGCUGUGGUCCUCCAGUGCGGUGCGGACUCUCUCUCAGGGGACCGCCUUGGCUGCUUUAACCUCACCAUCCGCGGCCAUGCCAAGUGUGUGGAGUACAUGAAGUCCUUCAACCUCCCGCUGCUCAUGCUGGGCGGAGGAGGAUACACCAUCCGCAACGUGGCCCGCUGCUGGACCUACGAGACUGCGGUAGCUCUGGAUACAGACAUCCCUGAUGAGCUGCCAUACAAUGACUACUUUGAGUACUUUGGGCCCGACUUCAAGCUCCACAUCAGCCCCUCCAACAUGACCAACCAGAACACGCAGGAGUACAUGGACAAGAUCAAGUACGUGCAGUUGUUUUAUCUUAACCACACUGUGCUGGACCUUCACAGAAUUGGAAUGAUUAGUAUUAUUAUUACUACUGAGCAUUAUGCCAACAUGUUCUGA